GCGAAAGGACGAUCCCGCGAGCUCUUCUACCUCCAGAAGGGCUGUGGUGGCAGCUGCGGGCCAGCCUUUUGAAGCCAGUGCGCUAGAGCCACGCGAGGCCCCUGCGGCCUUCCGACUGCGCGGGCGCCUUUAGCGGGUGACCGGCGAGUUACGUCGCAGGCGGGGGAAAGGGAGGGGGUGGAGCCUGAGGCCUGCGAGACCCGGCAGGAGAGACCCGGCCUUCGGUCUCCUGGCCUUGGUAACUCCGCACUCGCAGGACUUGGGCUGUUUCUCCAGGAACCUUGGCCCUGGAAGUCCUGGGAUGUAAUAGGAAAUCGUUGCUUUGGGUUUAAUCAGAAUACUUAUUAAACACUCACCCCACCCCACCCCGUAUUCUGUCCUCUGCUAAAUUAACCAUCCGAGGUUCUGCAAUUACAAGCCCUGGUUUUACGAGGUUUGGAAAACCAGCCACCUGCAAAGGAGUGCAGCCAUGCUUCCCUCUCACUUAUGAAGAAGAGUGGGGUCCUUUACUGCUCACAGAACCUUAGUUUUUCCUGCAAGAAAACUUAAAAAUCAAAGGCUUAUAUGCAAAGGAGUUUCUCUGUCUCAUCCAUUCUGUUCCCAGCCUCUUCCCUGAGGCAACUACUUUUAACCAGUAAUAAUAACAAGUCAUCAUAAUCUCUUAAUGCCUGUCUCUUCUUGAUAGAAAAGUUGGACUUUUUUAUUUCCUCCCGUGGCUUUACCUUCCUACUUACAAUAUCUUAGCACUUCAUUAUAAGUUUUUCUAAAAGUCAUGGUUAUUGUGUAAUGUAUGUUACGAAACUAGCUUGGAUUUUUUUUUUUCAUGAAUAAUUUCUAGCUAAUGUUUCUUAGCUGAAUUUAAUUUAGGCAUCUGUUUUUGGUGAAGUGGUUAGAAUUUCGAAUACUGCCUUUACGGGUCAACAUCAAGUUAAUUACGAUUUCACUUAAGGACAUGUGGGAUUUAGAAAGAAGCAAUGAAAUUAUGAAUGCCUCUUUGGAUGUUAAGUCCAUUGCAUCAAGCAUUAGUUGUGUGAUCUGUCUAGAAAUAAGAGGGAUAAUUUUGUUUUGUUUCAUAACUUGGUUUAAUAAGAGAUUCCAUUUACCUCAAAUGAUAUUUCUUCAUAUAAUACUUGAGAGAAAUGGAUAAUGCUGUGUAACUCUGAAACUUUGAUAGUGUUUUUUUCCCCCAAUAGGCAUUUAUUUCCAUUCAGAGAAGGAAACCAGUGCCUGGCAUUGUCAUCACCUCUACCUGCCAUGAUCAAGUGCUUGUCAGUUGAAGUACAAGCCAAAUUGCGUUCUGGUUUGGCCAUAAGCUCUUUAGGCCAAUGUGUUGAGGAACUUGUCCUCAACAGUAUUGAUGCUGAAGCAAAAUGUGUGGCCAUCAGGGUGAAUAUGGAAACCUUCCAAGUUCAAGUGAUAGACAAUGGAUUUGGGAUGGGGAGUGAUGAUGUGGACAAGGUGGGAAAUCGUUAUUUCACUAGUAAAUGCAACUCGGUAGAGGACUUGGAGAACCCAAGGUUUUAUGGUUUCCGAGGGGAGGCCUUGGCAAGCAUAGCUGACAUGGCCAGUGCUGUGGAAAUUUCAUCCAAGAAAAACAGGACAAUGAAAACUUUUGUGAAACUGUUUCAGAAUGGAAAAGCCCUAAAAGCUUGUGAAGCUGAUUUGACUAGACCAAGUGCGGGGACAACCAUAACGGUUCAUAACCUAUUUUACCAGUUACCCGUGAGGAGGAAAUGCAUGGAUCCUAGACUGGAGUUUGAGAAAGUCAGACAGAGGGUAGAAGCUCUCUCACUCAUGCACCCUUCUGUUUCUUUCUCUUUGAGAAAUGAUGUUUCUGGUUCUAUGAUUCUUCAACUCCCUAAAAGCAAAGACAUAUGCUCCCGGUUUUGUCAAAUUUAUGGUUUAGGCAAGUCCCAAAAGUUAAGAGAAAUACAUUUUAAAUACAAAGAGUUUGAGUUGAGUGGGUAUAUCAGCUCUGAAGCACAUUACAAUAAGAAUAUGCAGUUCUUGUUUGUGAACAGAAGACUGGUUUUAAGGACAAAGUUGCAUAAACUUAUCGACUUUUUAUUAAGAAAAGAAAGUACUAUAUGUAAGCCAAAAAAUGGCUCUGCCAGUAGGCAGAUGAAUUCAAGUCCUCGGCAUCGGUCUACCCCAGAACUCCACGGGAUAUAUAUCAUCAACGUGCAGUGCCAGUUCUGUGAGUAUGACGUGUGCAUGGAGCCAGCAAAAACUCUGAUUGAGUUUCAGAAUUGGGAUACUCUCUUGGUUUGCAUUCAGGAAGGAGUGAAAAUGUUUUUAAAGCAAGAAAAAUUAUUUGUGGAAUUAUCAGGUGAGGACAUUAAAGAAUUCAGUGAAGAUAAUGAUUUUAAUUUAUUUGGUGCUACUCUUCAGAAACAUGUGUCCUUAGAUGAGAAGCAUGACCAGGGCGGUUUCCAGGAAGCGUGUAAUAAUAUUUUGGAUUCUUAUGAAAUGUUUAAUUUGCAGUCAAAAGCUGUGAAAAGAAAGUCUACUAUAGAAAAUAUAAACACACAGAAUUCUGGGGAUUCAGAAGCUAUUAGAAGAAAGACAAAUGGCUCAUUUUUGUACACUUAUGAAUCAGAUGGCCCCAGUCAUAGUAAUAUGACAGAGUUAUCAUUAUACAACAAAGACAGCUGUUGCUUAGAAUCAAGGAUGUUAGAACAAGAGACAGUUGAAAUAUCAGAAUUAAGAGAAAGUGAGAAACAUAAAAAAUCUUGCUUGGAACAUAACUCUUUAGAAAGUCCAUAUGGAAUCAGUUCAGAAGUGUUUUCAAGCCCUUUUCAGAUACAACAUCACUUUGAGGAGAGUGGAGUAGAUUUAGAAGUACAGAAAGAAAGUACAACUGCUAGUGGCAUGGCUGCCAACAUCUUGAAAAACAAAAGAAUUCAGAAUCAACUUGAGAGAUUUGAAGGUGCUACUGAAAUGGUAUGCCAGUCUCUGCCUUUUGAGACAGGAUUAUUGAGCUUACAUAGUGCUCAGAGAGAAAAAGAGCCCAGUGAUUGUGGAAGAAUAAAUGUUUUUAGGUAUGGACAAGUAAAAUUGUGUUCCACUGGCUUUAUAACUCAUGUCCUUCAAAAUGAGCAAACUAAAUCAACUGAAGCAGAACAUUCAUUUAAAAAUUAUGUACGGCCUGGGCCUGCAAGUGCCCAAGAAACAUUUGAAAGUAGAACAUGUCAUUCAUUUGAGACUCCAGACAUCAAAGGUUUAACCAGCAUUCUAAGUAAAGAAUCUGCUCAACUGCUGAGCAAAAAUUUUUGCAGACAAAAUACAAGUUAUGGGCUAGAGAACAAACCUAUAGCAAAAUGCAAAAAUGUUACUGUUUUUCAGGAAGGUGAUAAAGAAUCACACACAGGUUGCUUAUUGCCCAAUAUAUCCUCUUCUUUCCCUUGGUGUAGACAAGUUUCAAAUGGUAUUAAGAAAACAGAUAAAUUGAUUGGUUCCUCCAAACCUGUAGGCCCAAAGAAGCUAAGCUUGACUUCACAACUAGGAUCUUUAGAGAAGUUUAAAAGGCACUAUGGAAAAAUUAAAAAUCCUGUAGAUAUAGAAGUGGAAGAAAAUAAUAUUGAAGUUAUUACCAAUCUUGGUCCUCAAGUCAAACCUGACACUCUACUGAAAGACAAGAACCACUUAGAAAAUUCUGACGUCUGUAAAAUCACUACUACAAAUUGUAUCAACUCAAAUGGUAGUUGUCAACCAGUAAGUCACAUCCUGUGCUCAGAGAAGUUUCCACUUUCCAAAGAAGAUUGUUUGGAACAACAGAUGCCUUAUUUGGAAGAAAGUCCUAUAACUCUAAUGGAGUUAUCUCACUUGAACAGAAAACCUUCGGAUGUUGAGAAGUCACCUGAAUCACUGGCCUCUAAAUUAUCCAGACUGAAGAGCUCUGAAAAAGAGGCUCAAACAAUGGAGAUUAGGAAUCAUUUUAUUGAACUUCCAAAUUCAGAUUCCAGCAGGGAAGACAGUAACUUGUACAGUGGGUUAAACCUAGAUUUUUGUAAGUUGUUUAAAAAUGAAACUGAAAAAACAGACAGCAGCAUCCUCCCAAGGUCAGAUACUGUCAUUGAGGUUAUUGAGGAUAAUUCCCUCAAUGAAGACAGUGAACUGCAUUCAGGCAACAACAAAAUGGAGAACACUGCAAAACCAGAUACUUCUUUGGAGUUACCUUGUAGUGAUUCUAAAAUUAUCGCUCAAGAUUCAGAUGUUCUCAUCAGAGCUUCAGAGCAACAGAUAGGAAGUUCUGAUUCUCCCAGUGGAAUUUUAAUGAAUCAGAUAGAAGAUACCAUAGCCAACCAAAAUGGAAUUUGUUCCUGGAGUGAGAAGUCUAAAGGAAAAGCUUGUUCUGAAAACGAAGAGUCAAACACAUGUUCUUUGGAUUGGCAGCAGCAUUUUGAUGAAGCCCUGGGAAGAAUGGUUUAUAUUAACAAAGUCACUGGACUUAGCACAUUCAUUGCUCCUGCUAAGGACAUUCGGACUGCUUGUACUAAAGACCUGACAACUGUAGCUGUGGAUGUCAUACUUGGGAAUGGGUCUCAGUACAGAUGUCAUCCUUUUAGAAGCGACCUUGUUCUUCCUUUCCUUCCAAGAGCUCGGGAAGAGAGGACUGUGCUGAGGCAGAAUAACAGAGAUGCUGUGGAUGAUGCUGUUGGUAGUGAAUCCCUUCAGUCUUUGUUUUCAGAAUGGGACAAUCCAGUGUUUGCCCGUUACCCAGAGGUUGCUGUUGAUGUAAGCAGUGGCCAAGCUGAGAGCUUAGCAGUUAAAAUUCACAACAUCUUAUAUCCCUAUCGUUUCACCAAAGAAAUGAUUCAUUCAAUGCAGGUUCUUCAGCAAGUGGAUAACAAGUUUAUUGCCUGUUUAAUGAGCACUAAGACUGAAGAGAAUGGCAAAGCAGGUGGAAACCUGCUAAUCUUGGUGGACCAGCAUGCUGCCCAUGAGCGCAUCCGUUUGGAGCAGCUUAUUACCAAUUCCUAUGAGAAGCAACAACCACAUGGCUGUGGUCGAAAAAAAUUACUAUCUUCCACUAUAAUUCCUCCACUAGAGAUAACAGUGACAGAGGCACAAAGGAGACUCCUAUGGUAUUACCAAAAAAAUCUGGAAGAUCUGGGCCUUGAAUUUAUCUUUCCAGACACUAGUAAUUCUCUGGUCCUUGUGGGAAAAGUACCACUCUGUUUUGUGGAAAGAGAAGCCAGUGAACUUCGAAGAGGAAGAUCUACUGUGACCAAGAGUAUUGUGGAGGAAUUUGUUCAAGAACAAGUGGAGCUGCUCCAGGCCACAGGAAGCAUCCAGGGGACUUUGCCACUGACCGUCCAGAAGGUGUUGGCCUCCCAAGCCUGCCAUGGGGCCAUCAAAUUUAAUGACAGCCUGAGCCUAGAAGAGAGCUAUCGGCUUAUUGAAGCUCUGUCAUGGUGCCAGCUGCCAUUCCAGUGUGCUCACGGGAGACCUUCAAUGCUGCCACUAGCUGACCUAGACCACUUGGAGCAGGAGAAACAGGUUAAACCCAAUCUUGCUAAUCUUCGGAAAAGGGCUGAGGCGUGGCGUCUCUUUGGAAAAGCAAAAGGCUGUGAUGCAAGGCAAAGCCUGCAGUCUGUGUCUUCUUGUGAGCCCCCUUGAGAAUGAACCUUUGGAUCCAUGAGGAACCCAAGGGCUUAAAGGAUGCUAACUGCCUCUGAGCAGAGAGCAUGAGCCAUAGUUAGCAGUGCAGCCGUGGCUGAGUCCCCCUGGUGCCUGGAGAGGGCCCUCACAUCAGUCCUGUGGUGCAGGUGGGCCCUCUGGCUGAAGAGUCAGAUGGAAUCAAGCCUAAAAACAGUUCAUUGAUUUGCAUCCAGGCACAGUACUGUUUGUAACUUACUUAAGUGAUGAAAUUUAAUGAUUAAUUAUUUGACUGGUGAGUUAGCUUGUGUUUGAGAGGUAUGGUUUUUCUUUUUGUGUAAUUUAUUUUCAGUCUCCAAAUAUACAUUUAUGAAAUUGAGCUGAUGCUAAACCCCUUCAGCUAGUCCUACUCGGCCUUCCUCCACUGCCCCCUGGUUUCUCCGUUAGUCCCUCCUUUCCUUCAGUCUUCACUUCCCUUCGCUGCUUUUUAAUAUUCUAAAUCAGAGAUUUACAGUUUCUCUACUCUCAGUAAAUCCCUUCCUGAAGUCAUCCAUCAGAACUAUAGUCAAGGGCUGGGGAUGUAGCUCAGGGGAAGGUGCUUGCUUAGCAUGUGUAAGGCCCUGGUUUCAAUCCCUAGUAUGGCAAAACAGGCAAAAAAAAAAAAAAAGGAGCUUUUAAUAAAAUUAUUUUAUGGAUUAAAAAACUAUUAAUAAAGAGAAACAUGGACAAAGAAUAGAGAAAAAUUUGAAGUUCUGUUCCUGGUUUUUUGUUAGUUUUUUUUAUUGCAUUUUGAGAACUCAGAGAAUGUUCAUAUUCUAAACCAGUAACAUGGUAAAAAUGCUAUGAGCUUGUUUUUUAAAAUAUAAUUUUUCUGUGCUUCAUAAAGUGUUUCUUUAUGUGAAAGCAAUUGUUAUAUCAAAUGCAGUAUGUAUUCUUUCAAUCUUACAUGACAUAGUCCACACUUUUUUUCCUCAGGAGACAAGGGUUCUUUUGAUCCCUUUUAAAUUGUGUCUUGGUUUUAUUAUUAUGCCUAUCCAAUGGCCUUAUGAUUUCACUUGGGACUAAAACUAAUCUUUCUACAAAUGCUUGUUAUUCCACUCUUAAAUUUGUAUUUCCUCCACCCUUUCAGGUGACUUGAUUUGUGGUUAAUAGGACUCAACUAGUAAAAAAAGCAAAAAACUAGCUGGAUAGAGUUUAUUGCAUCUGGGACACUGUACAAUUAGUAAGAUGUUGCAACAAGGAUUUUCCCUUCAGUAUUUCCUGAGCAUCCUGCUCAAAUUGACCUAUAUCAAUGAAAUAAUUUUUCUCAUUUUUUAAUGUAGUAAACAAAUGUGUGUUCAUGGAAGAAAGUUUAUUUUGCCAACAACACUAGGGUGAAUCCUGGUAAUGAAAGUAUUGCCUUCAUUGGCUUGGGCCUCAAGCAGGUGCAAGGAAGCUUUUAUUCAUUUUCAAGGGGAUCCUUAUAGAGUUAUAUAAUUGGAAACCCUGAAGAAUGGGCACUACUGUCUACAAAUGGCCUUCAUUGUACUGUAAAAGAGGGGGUUUCAUAAAAUUAGAACUAUGACCUUAGAAAGGAGGGUAUUUCGGAGGACUUGCAAGGCUGUAGGUCCAGAGGGGAGACAUGGCCUUGAGCUUCAACCUCACUUACCAGAACGGUGUGAAGACCACCUGUCCCAAGAAUUUGAAAAAUCUUUUUAGGUCAAAGCAAUUUGUGAGAUUGAAAAACUGUUACCUCUUAUUAUUUUGUUGGGGGGGUGGGUACCGGGGAUUAAACUCAGAGGCACUCACCCACUGAGCCACAUUCCCUAUUUUGUAUUUUAUUUAGAGACAGGGUCUCACUGAGUUGUUUAGCGCCUCACUUUUGCUGAGGCUGGCUUUGAACCUGGAAUCCUCCUGUCUCGGCCCGCCAAGCCACUGGGAUUACAGAUGUGCCCCACUGUGCCCAGCAAUUACCUCUAAUUAAGAUUAUGAGGGAGGCAUUCAGAAGGUUUUGCUGUAUGUUUCUUAAUAGUAGCAGAGGAUUAGAAAAAGUUCUCUAUAAACUAUGUAACUAGUCUUCCUGGCUAGCCUGACUCGAGCAAUAUAAGAGAUACCCUAUUUUAAUUUAUAAACUCAGUAGCAUGCAUCAGCAUAAAAACAGCCUAUUAACUAAAAAUAUCUAAUUAUUUAUUUUAUAUUAGGAUUAGAACCCAGGGCCUCACACCUGUAGGCAAACACUCUACUACCAAUUCACAUCCUCAGCCCUUUUUAUUUGUUAAAACAGGGUCUCAGUAAGUUACUCCGGCUGACCUUAAACUUGGGAUCAUCCUGCCUGGGAUUUUAGGGCACCACCAUUCCAAUAAAUUAUUUUUAUUGCC